AUGUGGGGAUGCUUUCUCGCUCAAGAAGCAUCAACUCCCAUGACUGAAGAUAAACUACGGAAUAUAUUUGAAGCCUUAGACCUCGAUGAACCAAGUUUUGAGCAGCCUCCGUCCGAAGGAGUGAAAGCCACCAAACCAACGACGUCAACCACAUGGACCUUGAAGAAGGAUGAGGCUGAAGAUGAAGAGAAACUACUCGCAAUCUAUUGUCUGUACGAAGAUCUCAACCUUCUGCGUCAGGAUAUUGGUAUGCUAUGGACAGACUAUCGUGCAGGGCGUUCAGACCUGGUGAGCGUGUCUGUAGCAACGAACGCUGCUCUUGAGUUUGGUAUAUACGUGGAAGCGGAAUUUUUGGAAACAUAUCCAGAUCUAACGACUGGUUAUAAGAUCAUGAUUGCUCUACUCUCCAUUUUUAGAUCACCAGGCUGGAGUUCGACAUUUCUGGCAGUGGAAACUGAACAGAUUGACAAGGGUUGCUAUGUUGUUGUCAAACAAGUGCUUGGUUAUUGGCUCAGCAUGGAUGCUUUAACUGCGUGGACCACCGUCACCAGCAUAGACCAGAUGGUUCUCAGUGCCGUGUGUGCCUCGAACAGCCAGGUAUAUCAACAAGAUGUCCAAAAAGACAUAGAAUCCAAGGCUGCUGACGCAUACGAGCUUCGCAUCUUGAGAUACAAGAGUGAUUUGUUCUCAAUUGCGAGCGAGGCUGCCGUCCACGAAGUUUUGCACCACGAGCUGCCUGUUGUAGAUCUAGUUACGCAAACACUGCGUGACUCGAUUGCAAAUCGAGCCGGAGGCAAGUCUUUGAGUGCUGUUUUUUCGUCCCAAGCUUUCUUGGACAUUAAAGAGAUCAUGGGCGAAUCUGUUAGUGAUGGUUUUAACGAGUUGCGGCGAUUCAGAGAUUAUUUGGACGUACAACGCGAUCUUUCGAGUCUUGUUUCGAGUGCGAAGGGUUCUUUGGAUAAGAUGAAACGCCUGAUCGACGAAGACAUUUGCCAACAAUGGAAGAACGAGGCUCGGUCGCAGAUGUUUCACGCAAAUGGCUCUCGGCUGGCUGCAGAUUCAGUUCCAGCUCCAGCUUUUAAAUUACUCAAAGAGCACCCACUGCUCUGUGGUUUGUUACUAUUCUACUGCCAAAUGAAUUUGCAGCGGGUUGGGAUGCACUCGGCAGACAGCAGGAUAUCAAUCCUUGCCUGUUCUCACUUGUACAAUGCUGUCCAAAAAGCACAACUCUUAUCACGGCAAUGGGACGAUCUCGAACACAUUUUCUCCAAUCAUUCUGACAAAGACUUCUUCCUAGGCUCACGUCCUGAAACACUGACCACUAUUCUUCGACAAUGGGCUUUAGUCAACGGCAUCUCCACGACUUUCUUUUCGAAUCAUGCUUCCAAAUGUGAGAUCUGCACUGGCUCAUCACAUCAAUGA